CAUACGACAAUGUUAGAUGAUUUUUCAGAUGUUCUUCAAGAUAAAGAAAUGGUCGAUUUCAAUGUCUUUCUUAAUGUUAACAAUACUCAAGUUGGGAAUGAAUUUGAUGAACUUGAGCAAUAUCUUUCUGAUCUGCUUUUUUCCCAUUCCCAUAUGGA